AUGCAAAGGUGACUUUCAAAGUUUCUCAAACGUGUAUGGUUACCCGCGAAGUCCAUGCGGCGAGGAGAGAAGAGGGAAGAGUGCGAGGCACAAGAAUGUCCACAAGCAUGGCGAUUUUGCAGGGCCUUCAGACAUUUCUGCUCUCACAAACCUUCAUCACUAUCACUUUUCCAUUCGCGCUAGGCAAACUCCAAAGCAAUUAUUCUCUUCGCUUCUAUUCUCAUUCCGAUCUCUCUUGCACGUUCAAAACCACAGCUCCCUCGCGUUCAACUUUGAUCCAUGAUUUCUCUUCCACGCCGUUGGAAAAUGUCCGCACGUGUUUUUCUUGGCCGGUGACACCUAUUUGGCUGAGGUUCAUAUUCUCCGGAAAUGGGGAUUCCGGAAAAUAUUGUUGUUGGUUCUCAUGUUUGGGUUGGAGAUCCAGAAGUAAUUUGGAUUGCUGGCCAGGUACUGAGUAUCAAUGGAGAAGAUGCUGAAAUUCAGAUUAGUGAUGAGAGGAAGGUUGUUUCCCAUUUGUCAAAAUUAUAUCCAAAGGAUAUCGAUGCACCAGCUGAUGGAGUUGAUGACAUGACCAAGCUUGCUUAUUUGCAUGAGCCAGCUGUGCUGCAUAAUUUGGAAACUAGAUAUGCGAUGAAUGAAAUAUAUACUUAUACCGGAAAUAUUCUCAUUGCAAUCAAUCCCUUCCAAAGUCUUUCACAUCUCUAUGAUACUAAUGUGAUGCAAAGAUACAAGGGAUCAAUGGUUGGAGAUUUGAGCCCACAUGUUUUUGCUAUUGCUGAAGCAGCAUAUAGGGAAAUGAUGAAUGAGGUGAAAAGCAAUUCUAUUCUUGUUAGUGGUGAGAGUGGUGCUGGUAAGACAGAAACCACCAAAAUGCUUAUGCAGUACCUGGCAUAUUUAGGUGGUCACACUGCAUCAGAAGGCCGAACAGUUGAAAAACAAGUACUAGAGUCAAAUCCAGUUCUUGAAGCAUUUGGUAAUGCAAAAACUGUUAGAAAUGACAAUUCCAGCCGUUUUGGAAAAUUUGUUGAGAUCCAAUUUGAUAAGUUUGGACGAAUAUCUGGUGCAGCCAUUAGAACUUAUCUGCUUGAGAAAUCUCGUGUUUGCCAAAUCUCAGAUCCUGAGCGUAACUAUCACUGUUUUUACCUUCUCUGCGCUUCUCCUCCAGAGGAAAAGGAGAAAUAUAAGUUGGGAGAUCCUAAAUCAUUUCACUACCUUAACCAAUCCAAUUGCUACGAAUUAGUUGGUGUUAAUGCUGCUCAAGAAUAUCUUAGCACCAAGAGAGCCAUGGAUAUUGUGGGAAUCAGUCAGGACGAGCAGGAUGCUAUUUUCAGAGUUGUAGCUGGUAUUCUUCAUCUUGGAAAUAUUAACUUUUCAAAAUCAGAAGAAACUGAUUUUGCAGUUCUAGAAGAAGAAGAAUCCAAGUUUCAUCUACAAACAACAGCAGAACUUCUUAUGUGUGAUGUGCAUGCUUUGGAAGAUGCACUGUGUAAGCGUAUGAUGGUUACUCCAGAAGAAAUCAUCAAAAGAAGUCUUGACCCUCUGGGUGCCACAGUUAGCCGGGAUGGUUUAGCCAAAACCAUAUAUUCUCGUUUAUUUGACUGGUUAGUUCAAAAAAUUAAUAUCUCCAUUGGGCAGGAUCCUAGCUCAAAGUGUCUCAUUGGUGUUCUUGACAUAUAUGGCUUUGAAAGCUUCCAAACAAAUAGCUUUGAGCAGUUUUGUAUAAAUUUCACAAAUGAAAAGCUACAGCAACACUUCAACCAGCAUGUGUUUAAGAUGGAGCAGGAGGAAUAUACAAAAGAAGGGAUUGACUGGAGCUACUUAGAAUUUGUAGAUAAUCAAGAUGUACUGGAUCUCAUUGAAAAGAAACCUGGUGGAAUUAUUGCUCUGCUUGAUGAAGCUUGUAUGUUUCCUAAGUCAACUCAUGAAACAUUUUCACAGAAGCUUUAUCAGACAUUCAAAGAUCACAAACGCUUCAUUAAGCCAAAAUUGACACGUUCAGACUUCACUGUUUGUCAUUAUGCAGGAGAUGUUCAGUAUCAAUCUGAGCACUUUUUAGACAAAAACAAAGACUAUGUUGUUCCUGAACAUCAAGAGAUGCUAAGUGCUUCCAAAUGUUCAUUUGUAUCAGGUCUUUUCCCCCCACUUUCUGAGGAGUCAGCCAAAUCUUCUAAGUUUUCUUCCAUUGGUUCUCGUUUCAAGGUUUAUAAAAUAUGGUUCUUUAUAUUGUCAGUAUCUGAUAGGCCUUACCUCAAUCCAAAGGCCAGAAGGUUAAUACUCUUGUACUUAUUUGUACAGCUACAAUUACAACAAUUGAUGGAUACACUCAAUCUGACAGAGCCACACUAUAUUAGAUGCGUGAAGCCAAAUACACAACUAAAACCUUUCAUAUUUGAACAUAUGAACGUCAUCCAACAAUUACGAUCUGGUGGUGUUCUUGAAGCAGUAAGAAUUAAAUGCGCUGGAUUUCCCACUCACUGGACCUUUCAUGAUUUUAUUACUCGAUUAUGGAUUCUUGCUCCGGAGAUUCUUCGUGGGAACUUUGAUGAAAAAGAUUCGUGUAAAAAGAUUUUGGAGAAGAUUGGGCUGACAGGUUAUCAGAUAGGGGAAACAAAAAUAUUCUUAAGAGUUGGUCAGAUGUCUGAAUUGGAUGCUCGAAGGGCAUUCCUGCUUAGUAGUUCAGCUACUGUUAUUCAAAAGAAUGCUAAAACUCGUUGUAGUCGGAAAACAUAUAUUGAUUUGCGAAAGAGCUCUGUUUUCCUACAAUCCAUUUGCAGAGGUUAGUUUUUUGUCUUUUUUGUAUUAUGUGAAGGACAAAAGGCUGCCUUGGUAUGGGGAGUCCUUAGAGGCAGGAAAAUAUGAAGUGUUUCGUUUUUAGGUUCA